ACCGCCAAACGAAAGAUACGCUUUUCCGUUGGGGAACCGCUUAUCUUUUGAGCAUCGACGGCCGAUCGCAAUUUCUACCCCCUUCGCGAGCGGCCUCAACAAUGUCGCUUCGCCGAGUGGACGUCCGACGGAUUCGAUGUAAUUCUUAACGUACCGCCCGCGUUACCGACCAGGCGUAUCAGUUUGUAUUUUGUAUCCAACGAACACUUCUUUUAUCGAUAAGUAAUUUUGAUAUAUUUUAACCGCGAUCAGCGGUCACGACGAGAGGAUAGAUGCGAGCAAAUCAACGAAAGGCGCCAGCAAGCUUCGAAGGGACCUGAUAAAUGCCGAAAUCGCCAACUUACGUGAUUUACUGCCAUUACCGCCCUCAACCCGCCAGAGACUUUCCCAGCUACAGCUUAUGGCCUUGGUUUGCGUAUUUCUUCGUAAAGCCAAUUACUUCCAACAAGCCUUGAAAAACUGUCCGUCCGACUCUUCGAAUAUCCCGACUCCUAACAUAGGAUUUUCAAAAGCCAUGUCCGGAUUUAUAAUGAUGAUGACCCAGCAAGGAAAACUGUUGUAUAUAUCAGAAAAUGCAGCAGAAUACCUCGGACAUUCUAUGGAGGAUUUACUUAUACACGGAGACAGUGUUUACGAUGUCAUAGACAAACAAGACCACAUGGUAGUACAAAAUCAAUUAUCUAGAAAUAGUCCAAUUCCGAGCGACAGAAGACUGUUCCUUUGUCGAAUUAAUGUAUCCCGAAAUUCACGAAGGCAGCUGCGUUUUGGCGACCAGAAGGUGGUUCUUGUUGAAGGUCAUUUUUUACCUUUUGUUCCUGUUUGCAAUCGAAAUGAGUUUGUUUUCCUUGCCUCGUGUACACCUGUCGUAUUACCGGAAACUAGAGAAAGUAUUGUGCAGGGCGCAACAAAUAUUUUCACCACAAUCCACUCUAUGGAUAUGAAAUAUCUCCAUAUCGAUAAAACGGCGGAAAGCCAUUUGGAGUACAGUCGUAACGAAUUGGUAAAUGUGUCAUGGUAUAAUUUAUUGCAUUGGGAUUCCAUACGAACUGCAUAUUGUAAGCAUCAAACUGUUAUUCAAUCCGAUCAGGAACGGUCCGCGACCGCGUUAUUAAGAUUACAAAGUCGUUCUGGGCGAUGGUUCUGGGUACACUGUGUUUUACAAGUGAAAGAUACUUCAGAGGAAUGCCAGCAUCCUAUUAUCGUGUGUACAAAUCAAGUUCUAAGUGAUAAGGAAGCAGAAGUGAUGCGUACGAGUUCCUGGCUAUAUCAAUAUUCGUCUCAAACUAAAUUCACUUACACAAUUUGCUCCGGGAACCAGAAUCGCAGCGUGUCGUACGUGGCCGGAAACCAAAAUACUCAGCAACAGGACUACACGCGUUCGUUAUCACAUACCCACAAUAACGAUGCCCAGCAUUCUCCUAACAUUCGAAAUUCCGAACAAGAUCUGCACGGUUCUGGAAAAACGCAACUAAAAGAUUAUACAACGAGAAAUACGCGAGAAGACGCGGAACCAGUGGAUAUGUCCAUAAGCAGCAGCGAGCAUGAGAACAGAAAUGUGCACGUGAAUGUUCAACACGGGCAUUACGCUCUUGGUCAAUUUACCGACAGGUACAAAGCACACCAUAAGAAUUCAUUGAAUUUGAGUGGUUAUCGUGCAAAAUUCAUUCAAUGCCACGGCCAAUACAACAUGGACGCCUUGUCGCCCAAGUACUACAUCACAGAUUUAGAUAAGGAGUAUUGUUGCAACGAGAGGAGCACCUCCCAUAAACGGAUUCAAGCCAAGGCAUUACCGAUAGUAACGGUCACAGGAUCAACAGCUGAUCCUUCUGAUCUGCCCAUGGAACAUUGGAACUCGAGUCCAGUGUGGUCGGACACUUUGCAAAGGGUACCGGAUGUCGUGCAUCAAGAACUUAGCCCCUACGUCGCGACGCCGACCACUCCGGUCGAUACUCCCGAUUCCGAGCUACACACAGAAACGCCGAUUUUUAAUUUCGACUGGGCGACCGAGCAACACGUGCCCAACUUAAAAAUCACAUUUCGUAGCUCGAAUCAGGGGCUUAGGAAAGUUCAGGACGUUCAGCCGAUCACAUUGCAGUUACCGCGCAAAAAGGGCCAGUCUAUGAACGACUCUAAAGACUUUCAAAAAUGAGACUGCGCACUCGUCGAGUCGGUGCUUUACAAGUAGAUAGACAAAUAUUUUGUUUUAAGUAGGUAUAACAAGUUUGGAGGUUCGCGUCUCUGAACAAUAUUGAAGUUACUAGAGACUGAGUACAGCCGAAGGCUGAUUAAAAGAUAUCGUUAUUGGUAAAAGUGUAAUUAUUUAAAGUCUACAUCUUAAAUUGGUGGCAAUUGAUCCAUUAAACCAGUUCCUAACGCAACAAUAUUAAAAGACUUAAGAGUAUGACUGGUAUCGUGCAAUAUUAUAGUUAUUCUUUUAUGAGACUAAUUUGAGGUAAUGUUAAAAUUAAAAGUUGGUGCAAUCUAAUUGUUUUUAUUGUAAGGAUCAGUUGUUCGAAUUGUUUUUUUGUUAAAACAAACGACUAUCAGUAUUAAAUAAAAUUUGUUUCCCGGUAAUAAAGAUUUAUGGGUGAGAUGCCAUAAGGUAUUAGCGUAAUAAUUAACACUAGGUAGAAGUGAAAUGGUUACAAUAUUCGUAGUAAAUAUAAAUCGAAAAAGAACAAGAGUACCUAACUUUUAGUAUUAAAAGAAAUACUUUUAUUUGUUAAUAAAAAUCGCGUUUUAAGCUAAAUUUUAGAAAACAAAUCGAGUCAUAGAUUUUUAGAAAUCACUUUCACUUUAAUGUAACAUUCAUUGAUGAUGGACAUGUCAACAUAGCAACAGUUAGUUUUCCGACAAUGUGUUUAAUAAAUAGUAAUCGUGUUUGUUUGUAUAAGUUAGCAA